CAACCAAAGUAGCGAUUCCAUUGCAUAUAAUUAAAUAAUUUUAUACAUUUAAUGAAAUCAAUGAUUAAAUAUUAUGUUCAAACAUGAAAAUUAGAGCUUUAAAAAAAGUACGUAACACAAAUUAUUAAUUGAAAAAACAAUAUCACAGACACCUAUUCACACGUACACCUAUUCAGAGAAAUGUUUCAGUACCGGCGUCCUUCAAGAAAAAUAGGAUAUGAUACUCUACCAAUAGAUUCAAUGCAAGGACUUGAAAUCAGCAGUCCAGUAGGUGGCGGCGGAGGUGGCGCACCACCAAGCGGAGCUCCAACAUCACCAUAUUCAAUGGAUAUGGACGUUGGGGAAAUUGAUGCUGGUGCAUUAAAUUUUGAUUUGGGCGCAAUGCCAACUCCACCAAAUGACAACAAUAAUUUGGCCGCUUGGUACGAUACUGAUUGUUAAAAUGUUCUAUUUUUAUUAUAAAAUAUACAUUUGCAAUCAAAUCAAACUUAUUAUUUAAGAAGUAAUUUAGAUGUCCAAUUAAUGGAACAACAGACAUUUACACUUUUAUUUCAAUUUUUCAUUAUUACAUUUUUAGUUAUAAAAUUUUAGUUUUAACACCAACAUGCUUUAU